AGCGACGGACCGCUCAGAUUCGUCCCGGUGGCGCAACAGUGUGGAGCGGCGUCGACUUACUCCGCGCGCAGCUAUCCUUUGGAUUGGCUCCAUUCGUGAAGCCACCGGGCAUUGUCGAGUGCCCCCUCAUUGAACCGCGCUGCCUUUUUUCGGUAUGCUUAAGUGUGCUUUCGCCGCUGUUCUUUGUUUCCGUCUAGUUUGAAAGUGGGCAGUGUAAUGUUCUUUUCUUCUCUUUCGUAGCCAUCUAAAUGUUGCGUAGUGUGAACAGUGGUACCUGUUGCCGUCCCUUCGUCAGACGUCCGAAAAACGUCUCCGCUCGCUAUGUGACCUGCCAAGAAUAGACGAACUGUCGUCAUCGGGCCUCUGCCGAGGCGGUCUGCUCGCCGUGAUUCUGCAAGCAAUGAAGUUGCGCGCGUCGUGUUUCCACACCCUGGACUCAACCUAAUUCCCCAAACUUCCCCUUUCGUUCACCGUGUGUCCCGAAUAGGAACGAAAGUUCCUCCCGAUCUGUCGUACAUACUCUGUGGAUACUCAACCGGCAUUCGAUAACGACUACGGAAGUAAAUCCUCCUUGGAACUGCUUGACUAAGGAAAGGUGUUAAGCCACCCAGUAGCACCGCAGCACUGGGUUUGAAUUUAUUCGUCAAUUACGUGAAAAACGUUACGGUCUCUGGAACUUCAAGUGCGUACUUGGAUGCUGCUAGGGUUGUCGAGUGCCACGUGACGGGUACAACUCUAAGCUUUGGUUGAGGAUUGGACUGGGAUAUUGAAGACCCCUGGAUUCACUGACGACGUCGUCUAUGCGGAUAAAAACCGGAAGGCACAACUCGAACUCGGUGCGAAGGGAAGGUCCAUCUUGCAAGCGUCUUUAAAAGGGAUGAGGCCAAGUUCCAGAGCGCGGGCCAAGCCACAUGCGGCCCCCUGUCGGGAGACAUGAGCCGCCCUGGUCGCUUCCCUUGGAACGUGACAGUCGCACUGUUCAUCGCCGCAGCAACAGCAGCAUCAGCAGCAAGCUACGUCUCGGCCGACACAAACUGGGACAACAUGAGGGGCGACGAAAACCUGGAUAUCUCCUCUAUACUGCCGGAAAACCCACAGGAUUACGACAACCUUGCUCCCCCAAAAGAACAUGGAAGGGCAACAUCUGUCAAAUUCCACGUUACCGUCCUCAGCCUAGAUUCCAUCGACGAAGGUUCCAUGACCUACGUGGCGGACAUCUUCAUGUCACAGUCCUGGUACGACCACAGGCUGAGGUUGCCACGCAACAUGACGUCCAAGUACCGCCUCCUGCCCGUCAACUGGCUGCACCAGAUGUGGCGACCCGACUCGUUCUUCAAGAACGCGAAGCGCGUCACCUUCCAAGAGAUGACCAUUCCAAAUCACUACAUAUGGCUCUACUCGGACGGCAGCAUACUCUACAUGGUGAAGCUCACUCUCCUCCUAUCCUGUGCGAUGAAGUUCGAAACGUACCCACACGACACGCAAGUCUGCACGAUGAAGAUCGAAAGCUUGUCGUACACAACGGAUGACCUCGUGUUCAUCUGGGACGACAACGUGCCCCUGGUGGUAGAUGAAGCCAUCGAGCUGCCUCAACACAACCUCGUGGAGACGGCACUCAGCGACUGCACAACCGUUUAUUCCACAGGUAACUUCACCUGCAUCCAAGUGACCUUCACGCUCAAGCGACGCCUCGGUUACUACAUGUUCCACACGUACAUCCCGACCUGCCUGAUCGUCAUCAUGUCCUGGAUAUCCUUCUGGAUCAAGCCCGAGGCUGUGCCGGCCAGGGUGACGCUCUGCGUGACCAGCCUGCUCACCCUGUCCACGCAGCACGCGCAGUCGCAGAAGUCACUGCCCCCGGUGUCCUACAUCAAGGCCAUCGACAUCUUCAUGUCCUCCUGCACCGUGUUCGUGUUCGCGUCGCUCAUGGAGUACGCGCUCGUCAACAUCCUCAUGGGCGAGACGGACGAGAGCCUCGUCUACCGAAAGGCCAGGCCCGUCAACCUGGCUGCUAAGGUCACGGAAUCAAGGCGGCUGUCAAACGGCGCGCCCACUCAGAAGAUCGAGACGGCGCCCUCUUCUACGGGGCUGCCUCGCCGACGAGACCGAGCCUUGCUUGUGGACAAGAUCUCAAGGGUAAUCUUCCCCCUGUCAUUUGUCGUUCUUAACACCGUCUACUGGUCCGUCUACCUCGACUACCCCUGAGGUACUGCCCCGUGUGGAAGAACUGCCCCUCAUACAAGAUCACCUUCAGCGAGAAGCGCAGCUUGCGCGCGACGCAGCAAAGGACAUCAAGGACAUCGAGGACAUUCACUUCCUUCUGCCUGCGGGACAUAAUGCCGAGCGGUUGCGUUGCCUUGUGGUGCGUUUAGUCAGAGUCCUAGGACGCCGCCAGAUUCCGGUGGCAUCUCCGACACCACUCGGCGUAUCGGCGGCACUUUCCAAACAAGCAACCUCCAUAAAGGUGCCAACGAGAUCGAUCGUGGAUCGACACCAUCAAGGCAUAGAUCCUGCUUAACACCAAACCAGUCAUAGCACAUAAGCUACAAGUCUCAAGGGCGUAGCCGACUUCAACAAGGACAAGCAUAUUUUCGCGGUCGACUCAAGUGAGUUCACAGACUUUCCCCGGGAAGGACCGGUGUGAAAAUGACGGGCGGCAUCCUUUCAUCUGUGAUCUGUGAAGAACAUUGCUCUACAUCCCUCUCAUCAAAGCCCAGUGGUGCAGUCUGUGUACUUUGUGCGCGCGGGCGCAGAGCAAUUGCUGCGGCAGCAAAUGCAAAGCGCCCAACGUCGGCUGUUGCCUCAGAAAAAGAAGAGAGAGCAACAAAGAUGUCCUUGAGCAUCAGACGGUCUCUCUUAACCUGUAAGCAACAUUCUUCACGCACUGUCGGCAUAUCGUCAAAGGAGGACAUUAAGAAGCCCUUAUUCCGUGUGUGCGUAGCUUAGAUUUAUUUGAAGUGUGCCGAGUGAAGUGCUGUGCGUACGCGGGCCGAUAGCGUCUAGCACCAGCGAAGUUCGGCCACGGCAGAACGACAACGAUUACGAAUAGCAAAUUGAGCGCGGACGAUCGCGCGUUGAGCCCGGUUAGCGCAAAAAGUUCGACUGAAGGAAAGUGCGUGACUGCCUCAAGGGACAAGGCCUCUUGAAACGAAAGUGUUGUGCUCGUACGUUAAUGUACAUAGCAACGGGUUGUGAUGCGCUCAACGCCGAGUGGUUAAUCACAGUUGGUGUAUACGAGGACAAUGGACAACGUGGCAUGUGUGCAAAAAUGUGUCUUCUUUUCUGGCGAGGAGAUGAGCACUUCACAUUUCCCUCUUAAAACUGACAUUUAACUUACGGGAGGACGUUAAACUCCGUCAGGUACUAAUAGAAAACUAGUUUCUCUUGUCGUUCUCCUACUAUCGCAGCAGUCAAGUUGUCUCGUUUCAGCUACUGUGUGACUUCACUAAGCUCAGCUCGAGCGCUUAAACGAGAACGCGACCCUUCUAUUGCACGCUUUGACGCGUUACGAACUAAUAUUUUCAUGAUUAUUUAGACGGCUACUCGCCAAGCGCGUUGUUGCUAAUACAAUGAACCCUUGCCCGCCAUCGAUAAAGGAGCAAUAAGAGGAUAUUUCUGUACACCUAUUCUAGGGCAAACCGGAUGAAAAAAACAUACAUAAGCGGCAUAUUUUACACUACAGAAAGCACAAAGGGCACAAUUACGCUAUGGGAAAUUUCUGGUCGGAAUAAGGUAAUUCCUAAGUAAAAAUUACUCUAUUCCAUCCCAAGACCUGUUCCCUAGUUAAUACUUGUAGCAUUAUAAGUGAAAUUUGUGUUGCAGAUUAGCAUGUCCUCGUUCAAGCCUUUCUAAUAGACGAAUUCGGCGACAAAAGACUAAUUAAUUUUGAGUAUUCUAGGUCUAUUGCAAUAAAUACUGCUUUGCGGCACGUGAAGCCAGGCACUAUUAUUUACUAACUCACACAACCAGAGCAGCAGAUGCGUGCGCCUCGUUACCUCGAAUAUCGCUCACUCUUGGUGUCCCUAAAAAAAAUUACCGGAUGAAGCGUAAUCUCGUACGCCCAUUGCCUGAAGAAACGUCUUUAUGCCAUAGAUGUCUCCGUUAGAGAAACAAGAAAAAGAGGUAUUGAAAUAAAUUGUAUACGUGCAAACUUGUUUCACUCACAGAAGUUCACAGUAUAAGUUAUCCCCAGGCGUCAGGCAAAAUUGGUACCUAAUAUUAGUUUAUGUUUCCAGAACCACCACAUUAUGUACCACGCCUGCAAAUUCUCUCUGUUUGAAGCCCAAAGUCUUUGUAACUGUUUUCUGUAGGUAAAUCUUCAAUGACAUAGAAACUUAUGCUGAAGUAUAAAGCCCAGAAUUGUAGCAUAAAUUUGCGCUCGGCACAGUAACCAAUUCGAAAAAAUUCUGAAUUGUCAAGGAAAUAUAUGCCUUUCGAAAAAUGAUUGCACUGCCGGCAAGACGUAUAGCAGCCCACAAUCGCAAUCAUCGCUAUCAAACAAAUUAUGAGUUCUGGCCGCGAUACAGUGUCUCUUUUCGUGUGGCAAACUUCAUAUACAGAAACGCUUAAGAAAGGGUGGGUGUUGCGUGUAUAUGCGUACAUUGCGCCUUUAUUGUUCGCUGUCUCACAGAGGCUGAGAAAUUAUUUAACGUUGCAGCUACCACUUUGGAUAAUGUUUCUUCCGCGUUACAGUAAAGGAAAUAUAUAUGCUCAUUACUCGUCGAAGUAUAAAUGAGCUAGCCACUGUCGGUAGUACUUAGAAAUAAAACGCACAAAGCACGAGCACAUCCUAGAAUAUCAGCACGUGCAAAAGCUGGCUUCUUUUCAGAAUCUCUCCAACAUGACCAUUUCAUCUCAAGGCGAUAACUCCACGACCGCUCAGGUCAUAGAUGCUCAGUUAUAAACUCUGUGAAUAAAUUGUCUUUUCUUCUUGUU